AUGGACUGGACACAGACCGUGGUCCUAUUCUCAACAUCGCUGACCCUCUGUGUCUCUGCAGGUGACCCUGAGAUGUGGGUGCAAGUCCAGAUGGAGGCCACCAACUCUCUAUCCUUCUCAGUUCACUGUGGGAUCUUAGGAUGUAACUUCAUCUCCCUGGUAACAGUGAGCUGGAAAGGAUUUGUUGAUGCUGGAGGGACUUAACUAGCUGUGUUGCACCCAGAACUUGGCACCCAGCAGUGGGCUCCUGCCAGCCAGGCCUACUGGGAAACCCUAAAGAGCAUCUCUGUCACUCUGACCCUGGAGCCAUCCAAAGCAAGACGCUCCCUAGCCAACACCACAUUCUGCUGUGAGUUUGUUACCUUCCCUCAUGGUUCCAGGGUUUCCUGUAGAGGCCUGCAUAGCUCAGAUCCAUGACUUUCUGCUCCGACUCCAGCCCCCAUUCUUCAAACAGACCUGGUGGGGAUUUUGGGAACCUCAGGGUUUUUCCUGUUUGGUUUCACCUUUAUGCUAUGUCUCCGGUGGCAGCAGAGGCACUGGUGUUUGAGUAAAUCUCAGCCGUCCCUCACCAGCACCCAGGCACAAAUGGAGACUCAGAUAAGGCUUGAAGGAUGGUGUCUGGAGCAGGACACCCGGGAUCCACAGCUGGACAGGGACUUGGGGUCUCACCUGACUCUCCUUCAUCCCCUAUCCUGGCCACUGGGGAGCUGCUGCGUUCCUUUGCAGGAGACAAGCACCCCGGGCUCCUGCAUGAUCCGUAGAGGAGACGAAAUGAGUGAGAGCCUUGUGAGCUGCUUCAAUACCCUUGAACCAAGCCUGAAAGACAGAGAAGCUGGGGAACGUGUACAGGGCAGAGAAUCAGGAAGUCUCUUACGGGAAAAACUGAACAUCAGCAUAAGAGGCUUCCACACGCACCCGUGGAAACCCUGUUAG